AUGGCAAACAAAGAACACCAAAAAAUGUCCUUCUACGUCAUCACUAUGGCCAUUCUUGCCAUUUACCGACAGGUAUCAGUUCAGUCAUUCACCUUAAGCACAGAAGUUGAUGUCCUUCGUGCCUUAAAGGAAGGGAUUGAUCCCAACUCAAUUCCAAGCAACUCAUUCAUCAGCACCUGGGAUUUUGCACUUGACCCUUGUGAGAGCACAGGGGCACAUUUCCUUGGGAUCCUGUGCUCGAUCCCUGAGGACAACUCAAGCAGCCGUAUCACUAUACUUGACCUAGAUGGAGUGGGGUAUGAUGGAUUCCUCACUAAUGACAUUGGUAACCUAACUGAGCUCACCAUCCUUAACUUGAGCAAAAACAAAUUUCGAGGACCAAUACCUGACAGCGUUACUAAGCUGAACAAAUUAACAGCACUUGUAAUGUCUGACAAUUACUUUACUGGAAGCUUACCUCUAGGAUUAAGAAGACUGAAAAGGAUCCAAGAACUCGAUGUCUCCCGCAACAAGCUUACUGGCUUAAUACCUACUUGGCUCACCAACUUUAGGAGCCUCGAGUCCUUGAGAAUGGCGAGCAAUGGAUUUUCUGGGCGAAUCCCCAAUUUGGCAGGUUUAUGGCAACUCCACACAUUAGAUCUCAGCAGUAACCAACUAUUUGGGAUUCUUCCUCAGCUUCCUACAAGCUUGAGAAUAUUGUCACUGAGCCAUAAUGUACUUUCAGGGAGUAUUCAUUCAAUAUAUGAGCUCCAAAACCUCAGAAUGUUGGAUCUGAGUGAUAACAGGUUUAGUGGCAGAAUCAGAGGAAUCGUGAGCUUACCCGAGGUUAUUAGUCUCAAUUUGUCAGUCAACUGGUUCACAGAAUUGCAGGUUCCCAAAUUUGCAGGUGAAUCCACCCAUCUUGAAGUGUUAGAUGUGCAAGAAAACCGCCUAACAGGCCACCUGCCAGCAAACUUAGCCACAAUGGAGAAGUUAACAGCAAUCUACCUGAGUCACAACCAGCUUUCUGGACCUAUACCAAGAAGUUUUGGGGUGAGACUUGGUGCUCCUUGGAGGCAUGUGUUCUUUAAUCACAACUUUCUGGUGGGAGCUGUACCACCAGAAUUUGCCAUCCAAAAGAUAAAGGUGACAGGAAGUCUAGCUCAUAAUUGCCUCAAGUGUCCGAAAAAUGUUACCAUGUGCGAUGGAGGUCAGCGUCUAGCUUCAGAAUGCGCAGGGCAAAGUGCAAUAGAAAUAUUUCAGUAG